AUGAACUCAUUUUGGAAAAGAGCAAAUGGAGACCGUAGUUUUGUUGAAAGUCAUAUUUUAGCAGAGCAAAGAAAAGAUACAAUUCAGCAAUUAGCAUUUAUAAAUAAACAAUGUUUGUCAUAUUAUUUUGGUAAUAAUUCCAAACCAAUAAAUUCAACAACCACCCAUAUGUCACCUUCACCAUUAUUAGUAAUGCAGCAAUUAAAUGGUAUAGAUAAUAGUGAGGCUUUGCAACUGGUUGAGGUAAAUUUGGUUAGUGGUUUAUGUGAUCUUUUAGAAAGUUACCUGUGCCAUAAAUUAAAACAUAAUCAAACAAUUUGGAGUUUAAUUUUAUCAAUAUUAUCACCAAGUUCAAUAAAUAAAUUUAAUUUAAAUAAUAGUAAUAGUAAUAAUAAUAAUAAUAAUAAUAAUAACAGUGGUUCAAACAGUAAUAAUGGCAAUAGCGAAAUUAUAGAUGGCAGUUUAAAUACAAAUGACAGUGGCAAUGGUAAUAAUGUCGAGCCUGGAUCCCCACCAAAUCUUACAAGAUCUUCAUCGUUAAAUUUUUCAAUUUUUUCAGGUAUUGCAACUAAAAUUAAAACAUCUGCAUCAAAUAUUUCAAUUGUUAGAUCUGGAAUAAACGAUGGUUUUGAUUGGGAAUCUCAAAUUGAUUAUAUCUAUAGUUUAAGUGAGGUUUCAAACAACCAUGGUAGAUUUAGAGCUUUAAUAAGAAAGUCUUUGAACGAAAAAUUUUUAAUUAAAUUAUUAGAUUCAAUAGCAUCAAAUAUAGAUAUUUUAAAAAAUAAUUAUGAAGAGGAUGCAAUGUUAAGAAAUAAAGAAGAUUCAGAAAUUUUUAGAUCAAUGUUAGCAUCAUUAGAUCCAAUUACAUUUGAUAUUGAUAAUAAUGAUCCAUUAUUAAAUAGUAUGGAGAAUCCCGACACUCCAUUAUCAAUUAAAAUUAUAGAUAAUUCAUUCAUUACAAUAGAAACAAGUAAUAGUGGCAGUAGUGGAAAUAACAGUUUAAAUAGCUCUUUAACAAAUAGUGGUGAAAGUUUAAAUUACAGUUCACAAAAUGUCGAAAGUUAUGGCCGAAAUGAUUUAAAUUCAUCAAUUGAUUCUCAGCAAGUAGUAAGAAAGAAAAAAACCAUUAAAUCAUUAACUAGAACCAUUGAUUUGGGGGAAGCACCCUCUUUAAUAGAAGAUACUAAUAGUAACAAUGAUAGCAAUGGAAAUAAUAAUAGUAAUAAUAAUAGUAAUAACAAUAACAAUAAUAGUAAUCAUGGUGAAAAAGUAAUUAAAAAGAAAAUAGUUAAAAGAAUUAUUAAAACCAAAGUUAGUCCUGCAUCAUCACCUUCAAAUUUAGAUAUUAAUAAUUUCGAAAACAUUAAUGGCAAAAAUAAUAAUAAUAAUAAUAAUAAUGAUAAUAAUAGUAGUAAUAUGAACAAUAUUUCAUUAACAAAAUCAAACUAUUAUGUACCAACCCAAGCAUUGGAUGAGCUUUCUAUUGAAUUAUCUAAAGCCGAACCAAUCAAAAAUGAAACUGAAAUCGAUAACGAAAAUGUAUCGCAAAUUAAGUUAGAAGAGCCACAUAGUAUCGAAACAUCAAAUAUUGAACCAAUCGAAAAUGUAUCGCAAAUUAAUGAAGAGUUAAUUCAAAGCGAGCCAGUUCAAGAUUAUCCAAAAGAAAUAAAAAAUGAAUUUAAAGAAAACUUUUUCGAUCAACAAGAAGAAGGUUCAAAGAUAGAGUCAGAUGAUGAACAGGAAAAUAUUGAAAAUCAAAGUGUGGGGUUCUCAAUUGAUUAUGCAUCACUUUUAAAACAAUAUAGUACCGAAAAUAAUAUUGAUGUCAAUGAAAUUUCAAAUAUUGCGAAUGUUAUUAAUGUUAAUAUUGAGGAUGAAGACACUAAAGAGGUAACUUUAGAAGAAGAAGAAGAUGUUAAAUUAGAGCAAAAGCACGAUACUAAAGUUAUUGAAGGGAAUGAAGGAAAAGAAAAAGAAGAAAAUGAAAUAAAAGAAAAUUUUGAAAAUAUAAAUGAGCCAGUUUUAAUUGAAGAAAUAGUUAAAAAUGAAAGUAUGGAAAAUGAAGAAAAUGAAGAAGAAAAAUUUGAAAAUGAACUUGUUAAUGAAGAUAUAAAUGAUUUAAUUGAAAGAACAAAAUUAAAUUACUCGAAUGAAAAAGAUCAAAAAGAAAUUGGUGCUAUUGAAGAAAUUAAAGAAAUUGAAGAUAUUAAAGACAGAAAUGAAACUAAUAAUACAAAUAAAGUAAUUUCAAUUUUAAUAAAAGAGGAUGAAGAUAUAGAAGGCAAUAGUAAUGAAGAAAUUGGUAACUAUGAAGAUAUAAUAAAUAAUAAAUAUAAAGUAAUAUCAUUGUCAGCAUCGUCAAUUUCACCACCAAUUACACCAUCAAUUACACCAUCACAAUCAUUUACCCUAAGUCGUGAGAAUAGUUUUAAUUUCAAUAAUAUCAACAAUAUAUUAAAUUUAAAUAGUAGCGGUGGAAUUGUAUCACCAUCUUCAUCACCAUCUUCAUCUACAUCAUCAAUAGUAUCAGCAUCGUCAUCAUCAUCAACUUGCAAAAUCAAAAACAUUAAAUCACCCAACGAAAGAGGCCAAAUUAAAACAAAUAUAUUAAAUUCAAAUGUCACAAUGAUUGAUAAUUAUUCGAAUGAAAAAGAGGUUUUAAAGAGAAGAGUCGAGGAGCAGCGUGACAAGCAAUAUAAAAAAGACGUUAACAAGCCAAGAAAGAGAUUGCAUUUUAAAAUUCAAACCGAGUACUCUUUAAAGGAACAGGAUUUCAAAUGUGCAGGAUGUAACUCUGAUAUAUCAAGUAUUUUCAAAAGUAGUAGAUUAUGUGACUAUAGUGGUAAAUAUUUUUGUAGUACUUGCCAUGAUAAAUCCGUCUAUUAUAUACCAAGCAGAAUUAUUCAUAGUUGGGAUUUUAAGAAAUACCCAAUCGCAAAAGCAAACCUUGAAUUCCUUAAAGAAAUCGAAGAAGAGCCUCUCAUUGAUAUAUCAACAUUAAAUCCAAGUCUUUAUAUCAAUAAUCAAACACUUUUAAGAAUUAGGAAUUUAAGAAAACAAAUGUACCAUUUAAAAGAUUUCUUAGGAGGAUGCAGCAAUGGUGGUUUUAGAUUACUAAAAACUGUAACAAACAAUGACGGAUUUGAUUACUUUGUUAACGAUGUCGAUUUAUUUUCAUUACAAGAUCUUGUUAAUCAUAAAGUAUUGCUAGAUAGAAUUCGUGUAAUUGUUGCCAAAUGGUUGGAUCAUGUAGAUUCUUGUCAACAAUGUUUAUCUAAGGGUUCAGUUUGUGAAUUUUGUAAUCAAGAAAAACUAAUUUAUCCUCAUCAUAUUAGCUCUGUUACCCAAUGUAAUAGUUGUAAAUCUUUUUACCAUAAAUUAUGUUACCAACCAAUAAAAUGCCCAAAAUGUUUAAAAAUUGCAAAAAUACGUAUAAAUCAGCAGCAACAACAACAACAACAACAACAACAACAACAACAAUAA